GGUGAAUUGGCGGUGGAAGCCGGCGGAGGAGAUGGAGGAAGGGGAUUCCGCGCGUUGCUUUUUCUUCAGUUCAGUCGAGCACCGGAAAUAAAACAAUGCCGAGGCGCCGGUCUUCUCGCGCCGGUCCCCAGCGCGAAGAGGAAGUUCCCGAAGGCUCCGGCCCUCCCGCCGGGAGUAAGGGGUUGUCGGAGUACGAGAUUCAGAGGCUCUCAAGGAUUGAGGAGAACAGGAAGAGGAUGGCCGCUUUGGGCCUCCCCAAAAUCGCUAGCUCUCUGAUGGAGAGCCCCAGUCGAAGGUCCGCUAGAAAGGUUGAUGAUAAGGGGAAGAGGAAGCUGGAUGAUGAGGACAAGGAUUACGAGCCUGACCCGGACGAGGCCGGUGGUGUCGAUGAUGAUGAUGAUGAUGAAGAUGAGGAGUAUUCGGCUCCUGGGUCGACUAGGAAGAAGGGAAAGAGAAGAAUGUCAACCCCGAAAAGAAAGACUCCAGUGAAAAAGGUUCCAAUCAAAUCAGACUCUGUUGAUGAUGACGAUGAGCUCAUGCAGGCAAUUGCACUUUCUUUGCGAGGAAAUAAUGAAAUAGCAUCUCCUGGAAAAGUUGAGGAUGUCGAUCCAAAGGGAAGAGCGAGGAGGACAGAGGUUCGGGGGGAAUCACGGAAAGGAAAGAGCAGAUCAUUGUUCAGUAGUAGGGUGAAGAUGACUGAGGAUGAAGUGAUUCUGCACUUCUUUCAGUUUGAUGAAGCUGGGAAAGGCAGUAUAAACAUGAAGGAUUUAGCAAAGGUAGCAACUGCACAUGAUUUCACAUGGACAGAUAAGGAACUCCUUGACAUGAUCCACUGCUUCGAUGCCGAUGGAGAUGGGAAGCUUGGCCUUGAUGAUUUUCGGAAGAUUGCUGAGCGGUGCAACAUGAUUCAAGGUCCUGAGUGAGAGCUCUUGACUGGAUUAUUCCUGGCAUAUCAAACAAGGAUGGCCAGACAAUAGCAGGCCAAGGCUUGUGGCGGAGUAGUUAUGGUUUAAACCGGACAUUGACAGGGAUGAAUCCUUUGGUCCCGCACUCAUGGACAAGCUUCCUGGGAAGGUCAGUGAUGAAAAAGGCUGCUUUAGCUCUGCUUUCCGAAUGGAAGGCAGGCGCUGGCGACGCAUGUCCUCUGAUUGGACUUCAUUGGAACUACUGCUAGCCCUAACUAGUAGCAUGGAUCCAGUUGAUGAGUCUCUGAAUUUUUGGAUAGAAGUAAUGUUUUUUUACAUGGAUUCAUUAGCUAGUACAGAGGCUCCAGUCAUUACUGAUUGUUGUAUUGCUGGCCGACAAUGGGCUGAAAAUGUAACAUCACGUAUGAUUUCUUCCCCCUUUUCCUUGGCUAAAUCUGAUUUCGUGUUGCUCAAUUUCGGGUUAGUAGCAUCAGGAAAAUGUUAAGACAUUAAUCAUUCCAUGCUAUUACGUGGUGAGGCCAAAACAAUUCCUACUCUUACUUAU